AACUCUAAAUUACAACAUGAUCAACUGUGGUUCAAUUUAUGUACGUAUCAUCUCUCUUGUCGAGUCGUUAUCACAGCUCACAGCUAAAGAUAUUGGCAGGCUGAGUUUUCAGUUUGAUGUCCAGAACUUUAAGCACAAUGGUUACAAUAUGCAAGAACCUGUCCAGCACCAUCACCCUAAAUGACGGGAAGUCCAUGCCUAUGUUUGGUCUGGGGAUGUACCUCAGCAAAUCGGGCUCUGGUGGCAGUGCUGAGAAGGCUGUCACUCAUGCACUGAAAAAUGGGUACAAGUUGAUUGACACUGCUGAAUUUUAUGGGAAUGAAAGUGAUGUUGGCCGAGGCAUCAAGGCAUCUGGACUUAAAAGAGAAGAUUAUUUUGUUGUCACAAAAGUCUGGACCAAUGGAGCAGAUGUGUGUCGUUCUGCAUUCACAACAAGUCUUGAGAAAUUGGAUAUUGGUUAUGUUGAUCUAUACCUUAUCCACUCUCCUGGGCAGGGGAAGAUAGUGGAAACCUAUAAAACCAUGAUGGAUUUUCAGAAACAGGGACUUGUCAAAUCGAUUGGUGUGUCCAACUUUGGAGUGCAUCACCUCGAAGGAAUGAAAGCUGCAGGUUUGCCAACGCCGACAGUCAACCAGAUCGAGCUUCACCCAUGGAUGAAGAAGAAGGACAUUGUCCAGUACUGUCAGGCCAACAAUAUUACUGUCAUGGGUUACUCGCCCUUGGUGAAAGGUCAACGAUUUAAUGAGCCAUGUUUGGUGGAAGUUGCUAAGAGGUUGGGCAGGACAACGGCCGAAGUUCUAAUCCGGUACAGUGUUCAGAUGGGUUAUAUCACUAUCCCUAAGUCUGAGAAACCUGAGAGAAUAUCGGGAAAUACCUCGGUCUUUGAGUGGGAGAUUCCACAGUCGGACAUGGAUGUCUUGAAUUCAUUUCCUGAGAGUUCCUGCACAUGGAAUCCGUGUCUGUUUCCAUGGAAUGGAUGAUUGAAGCAAAGAUGCAAACAGUUUUGGGGGAUAUUGUAAGCCUGUCCCUCUUGAACUACCUACAGAGUAAUACCUACCAGAAGUCACUGCAACAGUUCUCCUUCAGAAGAUCCUAUAAACAGCUUCCUAUGCCAUAUAUACAAGGGUUUUAAUUCUCUACACGUUUUCUUCUUUUGCUUAAUUCUUAUACUCCUGUUAUGGUCAGUGUUUUUCCUGAUGCGAGUCAGCCAACUUACUCCAGUUUUGAUGCUCUUAUUAAUAUUGAUUUUUUAUAUUUCUCUGACUGUGUUAUUGUUAUGAGACUUUUUAUAUCUCUUGUGAGGAACUUGUCUUAGUAUUAGAGGAUCAGAAACUGUGACUGCAAAGUCUUGUGUGAUAAAUGGAGAGAAAAAAUUGAACAUUUUAA